AUUGAAGGUUUUUCAUUGCGGAAGCUUACCGAGUUUGCGUGAUAUUGGCUCCGUCACAUAAGUAAUGCACCUUUCAGCUACCCUGUAUUAUUUGUGACCACGCGGCGCUAAUAAACUACUUAAAAGACCGACCGUGGCAAGCGGCCUGGCCUUCUCGCUUUCCACAUCCCCAACCCUACUGCAAUGGACGCCUUGAAAAACAUGCUCUCCCCCCUAGGGAUGAACACGAAUGCCUUGCAGGACACCCUGAAACUAGUGGUCAUAGGUGGUACUGUGGAGACAGCCAGGCGUAUAUCCGUCUCAGCCUGGAAUGGGUUUGUCGACUCCUUCUUCUUGACGGCGCACUUCAGCCAGGAGGAUUAUCCAUAUGACUGGCUCAUGCAUUGGCUUUCCAAGCAACCGGCAUGGGGCCGAAGUCGAGAGUUUGAGAUAACGACGCGUACAGUGUCGCGCAGUGGCAUUACGCAGUCGACAACCGGUGAUUUGGAUGAAGAGGACGUCGACGAGGACGAGGACGCGCUCAUACAUGGUCGGAAAAAGCGCAAGGUUGCAUUUAUCCCUAGCUUAGAUACUACACAUACUAUAUAUUACCGUGGCCACUGGCUUCGGAUAACGAGGACCAAGCGUUACCCCGACUACGGACAUGGCGCUGCGCUAAAAAUCAGUGUGGUCGCUCGUAGCAACGACAUCCUCAAGAAACUUGUCCUCGAAGCAAAACGAGAGUAUGAGAAAGAUGCUGAGCACCGCGUCCACAUCUUCAUGGCUGAUACUACCUACGCCUGCUGGCGGUGGAACGGAGCUCGGCAAAAACGUCCGCUGAGUUCUAUUGUUCUGCAGCCGGGAGUAAAGGAUAUGCUCUUGGCCGAUUGCAAGGACUUCUUGGCUUCAGAAGACUGCGUGACUACUCUGUGCUGCGUUCACUCUAAGCCAUGUCUAGGCAUUCCCUUCCGUCGGGGUUAUCUCUUGCAUGGUGUUCCUGGAAGUGGCAAGACGUCGUUGAUACACUCGUUAGCAGGUGAACUCGGAUUGGACAUUUACGUCGUUAGUUUGUCGUCGAAGGGGAUGAGUGAUAAUACCUUGACCACUUUGAUGAGUCAUGUACCUUCCAGAUGUAUUUUGCUGCUUGAAGAUUUGGACGCGGCGUUUACGCGUUCCGUCAGUCGAGAUUCAUCUUCAACUGGAGUUCCCCUAGGUGGUACCACUACGACCAAUAAUGAAUCUGACGGAUCCACUCUGAGUUUAAGUGGGCUCCUGAACAGCCUGGAUGGUGUCGCUGCGGCGGAGGGUCGCCUCCUCUUUGCCACCACUAACCAUAUCGAGCGCCUUGAUCCUGCACUGAGCCGUCCAGGGCGCAUGGACGUUUGGGUGAAUUUCACCCAUGCGACGAGGUGGCAAGCGGAAGGCAUAUUCAAAUGUUUCUUCCCCUCUAAGCCUAAGAAUCCCCCAGUCGAUUCUGCUGAGACCUCGUCUCCAGCCGACGAGAAGACUGACGUUUCGCAGAAGAAUCUUCCAGUCCCAAAGCGUAAAGCAUCUGGACACACCAUUCCAGUUCUGGAGGAGGCCGAAAUUGCAGAAUUGGCUAAACGUUUCGCAGAUACCAUUCCUGAAAAUGAACUCAGUGUCGCCUCUCUACAGGGGUAUCUUCUCAAGAACAAGCUCCGCCCCCGAGAAUGCGUCGACGAAGUCAGUGAAUGGUACCUAGAGGAAAAGGAAAUCAAGGAGAAGCUGGAGAAGAAGGAGCGAGCCAAAGCCAAGAAAGCGCAUCGCGUUGAGGCAAGUUUAAAGCUCGAUGGCGCAAAUAGUUCCACCAGCAACACCAUUACGUUGCCUGCUGUCGUUGCUGGCGUCAAGUGCGAGUCGUCAUCAUCAUCAUCCGAAUCGGAUAGCAGCAAUGGCGGUAUUGAGGCCGACACCGAGGAGAGCAUAACGUCGGAGGAGGAGCUGGAGAAACCCAUUGGUGGAUCAAUCAAUGUCGUCACCAAAGAAGUUGGGAAGGAGAAGUGGGUUGCCGUCAAGGGGCAACUGGAGGCUUCUGACUGAGCGAAGCCGUUCCCAAGCACUUGCCAUGUGUUCAGUUUCGGCGUUCCUCCGGGCUGUUCUACUAAGCCACUCGCUACCUCUAGCUUUUGCUCGCCGUCAGUCGUUCUACUUAGAUGAGUCGUGCGUCCCAUUUAGUGUUGCUCUUUCGCUUGGUACUCGCUAUAUAAGUAUGGUGACUGUUAGUCUUGUUAUCUAGACUUGCCUGUUUGUCGGUAGGGUUGCAUAUUGAUGCUGAUGUGUCUACAUAUUAUGCAAUGGAU